GGUGACAUCACCAACGCCCAGCUCCAUGCCUCCUCCUACAUGGACGAGAACCACACCGCGGGCCACGCCCGCAUCGGUAACCACACCUCUUGGCGUCCCCACCCCGACGACCUGGACCCCUGGCUGGAGGUGGACUUCGGGGAGCGGACGCUGAUCACUGGCCUGCUGGUUCAGGGCGGGGGGCGGGAACACAGCUGGGUCAAGAGCUUCACGAUACGGUUCGGCAACGACCUGACUGUGUUCUGGGCCUACGAAGAGUACAAGAGAUUGGAUAGACAAGCAAUUGUGGUUAAAGCCAAUGGCGAGCCAGGGUGCAUCAAGCCCAUCUAUCUGACUCCGCCCAUCAAAGCCAGGUACCUUGAAAUAAACCCGACGGAGUCGUACGGGGGAGUUGCCCUGCGACUCGAGGUACUAGGCUGCCGAGAUAAUGACUGCGACUUUGCCGCCGGAAUCGCGCGAGGAGACAUCCACAACACCGAGAUCACAGCAUCAUCUAGCGUGGAUGACGAGAGGGGAAAACAUGGUCCGGCCAACGCUCGGCUGAACCCGUUUGGUGUCCCGAAGUCAGGUUGGAUGCCGUCUCUGUUCGACGCCAACCCGUGGCUGCAGGUGUACCUCCCUGGAGUCCAUCGCAUCACCGGGGUGGUUACCCAAGGGUGCGGGAACGUCGACAGGUGGACCGCCCGCUAUACCAUCCGGUACUCGGCGGACAGGAGCAUCGAGGACCUGCUGGACUACCCGGAGCCCGGACGGAGUCAGGUAUUUGUGGGAAACAAUGACCGCUGCACCCUCAAGAGGAACAACUUAGACCCGUCCAUCCAAGCUGAGGUCUUGAGGCUCUAUCCUCAGGCCGCCCCUGACUCGGACGUGGGCGCCUGCUUGCGAUUGGAGCUCAUCGGCUGCAGAUAUCGAGCUUGUGGGCGCCGACUCGGGAUGGAGUCCGGCCUCAUCGCCGCCUCACAGAUCACCGAGUCCUCGGAGUACGCCGGGCAGGAGGGGGACAUGGGCCGCCUGCAUCACUUUAACUGCUGGAAACCCAACGGCAUGGGAAACAACCACUGGAUACAGGUGGAUCUCCUGGAUCUCUACACAAUCACCGGUCUGAUUACGCAAGGCGGUUACAAUGCUUUCUUAGGCGAGCAGGACGUGUUUUAUUGGCCUGAUAGCUACAGGGUGCUGUACACCAGCUCUCGAAACGACAGCUUGUGGAGGAAGUACUAUAACCUGGAAGGAGAUGUCAUGGACUUUCCCGCGUAUCCUGAUCCCCACACGGAGAAGAGGCAUGACUUUGACCGGCCGUUCAUCACGAGAAAGCUCCGCAUCAUCCCCUACUCUUGGCGAGGUUACUGCCUGAGAAUGGAGAUCCUGGGAUGCAGGCUAUCGGAGGGUCAAGUUUGCGGAGAGGACGCUCUUCUCCACGACGGCUUCUGUGUCGGCUCGGUCAACACCCAGUCCAGCGGGGCUUGUGACAACAUUUACGCCGAGGGCAGCCAACCCAUCACCAUUAGCUCCGCGGCUACCCAGCAGUGGCUGGGGUUUAAGCGGGACGACAUCAAAGUCAACGACCGCCACUACCAGUACAAGGUCGGCCUCCGGACCCAGCCGGGCGGGGACGCCUUUGCCUGGGCCGACGGCACGCCCAUGACGUACGACAACUUCCGCUGGCCCACCAACAUCACCGACAACAGCACCGAGUGGUGUGUGUACGUCGACAUGAACGAUGACUUGAGGUGGAGGGAGUUCCAAUGUAGGAAUGACGCGGUGCCACGUGCAACCAUUUGUCAACUAGAUGUCGACGAAUGCACGGCCAGCGACAACCGCUGCUCUCACACCUGCAGCAACUUCCCGGGAGGUUUCCAGUGUAUUUGCCCGCGGGGCUUCCGUCUGGACAGCAUGGACGGCAUUGCCUGCACAACACUGUGCACUGAUAAACCGCCGGUUGAAGGGAACGGGAACUCCUCUACGGACUGCCUGUCCGACCCGUACGGCUUCGGCUGCUUGGACUUGAACAUCCCCGACAUCGACUGGCCCAACUUCAGCUACCAUUGGCCCGUGCCUGAUUCCGCUGAUGAAAGUGGUUACGCCCCUUCCACCUUGCCACCUAUGCUGUUGGGAGAGAGCACCUGCAACGAUGUAGCUGACGUCAGAUGCGAAGAGAUGUGGGCGAGGAACGUCAACUUGGAAUACGUCUACUUCAGCCAAGGAUACAUCCAUUCCCUCAGCUUCCCGCCCUGGUACAACCAAGGCUCCACCUGUCAGAUCAACAUCCAGAUACCGCCGGGAAACUUUGUAAGGCUGGAAAUCCACGAGAUGGUGCUCCGCAGGAUGCCGAGAAUGUCCCGCUGCAUUGACGUCCUGAAUGUCACCGACCACCUGACGCCCCACCACUCCAUGUCGCGCGGCUCCUUCUGCGGGGAACUGCGAGAUUUGGUGGUCACGUGCCGGUCCAACAACGUCACGCUGAGGCUGGACAUAGGCGCUAUUGGCCAAGACAUGCCCAAGAAGCUGGGCUUCAUGGCGUCCUAUAGCAUGACUGACUGCACAGCGUCAACGGACGAGUGCGACCCCGGAUGCGGCAAGAAGGACGUCUUGACUGCGCCGAGGGGCAACUUCUCUACGACCGACUUCCCUUCCAAGCUACCACCUUUCUCCAUCUGCGCCUGGAAUAUUAGCCUCCCGACUGGCUCCUUCAUCGCCCUCAACUUCUCCGAGUUUCUGAUCGCCGAGGAAGAAGACAGUUCCGAGUGUGUUGACUUCGUUCAGAUAUUUCUGAGUGAUGACAACGGUUUGUACGACAAUGGCCCCGCUGGCCAGCCUAUGUGUGGUUCCACGCCGUCUCUCAUCAUGUCUAACUCCUCCUCCGUGCAAGUCGUGUUCAGGACCGGACUGGACUCCAAAUCGCUGGGAUUUCUUGCCCAAUACGCAAGUACAGAUAUUCCGGGUUGUGGCGUUGGUUUCUACAGCGGCGAAGGUAUCCAGCGCUGUGAUAUGCCCGAGGCAGCCAUCGCGUCCGUCGAUUACCCGAGGCCUUACCGUCCUGGUACGUCAUCAAUCUGGCACCUCACCACGAAUAUUGGCACAUACAUUGAGCUACAGUUCGUCACAUUCGACGUCCCGGGUUCCUACGGCGACUCCUCCUUCGUAAAAAUCAACGACGGGGCGCCAGACAGCACGAGCGGCAUGCUCCUGGCCAGACUCAGCAACGAGCGACCGCCACGCGGGCCAGUCAGAUCGAGCUUUAACGAAAUGACCGUGCGCUUCCGAGCCGACGGCUCCGUGACUGGAAAUGGGUUCUACGCCAAGUACAGAGCGGCCGUCUUCACGCCAAAAGUGAAAUUAUUCGACAAUGAGACCACAGAUGAAGACUGCCAGUCAGGAUGGAGGCACUACAACGGCCAGUGUUACGCUUUUAGAGAGGCCAAUAAUUCUAUCCGAUGGACGGACGCCCAGCGUCUGUGCUCGGAUGAGAACGCUAAUCUUGUCAGCAUCAGUGACUUCGCCGAGAUGAACUUCAUCCAUAGCUUGAUGACUUCUUCCUGGUUAACCAACAACUCCAAUACGUACAUUGGCUUACGGUAUCAUCACCUGCAACUGCAGCAUCGAUGGCAAGACGAAAGUCCCCUGAGCUACGCCGACUGGUUUGUGCCAGGACCUUUGGAAGGUGGGCAAAUAUCGUCGUCGUCAUUCGUGGUGAACGGCGCUCCCCAGCCGGACGGGGGCGCCCUAGAACGGUGUUCUCAAAUCAUCUUACGCAAUCUCCAUUCCACCAGUCACUGGCAUGACGUGCCGUGCGCGUCCAAAAAUUCCAAUCAGUUUAUCUGUGAGAAAUCAAAUUACCAAGGGCAUUUACCCCCGACUUCUCCAAAAAGCGUAGGGAAAUUGUCAAGUGCAGUUUGUGAAAACGAGUGGACGCUGAUACACGGCCAAUAUUGCGUCAAAAUGCUGCUAAACAGUAGUGCAACUUUCCUCACCCGCUGCCCGGCCAACUCUAGACUGGCCACGUCUUUAGACCCCCAAAUCGCGCAGAGGUUACCGUUCUACAUCGAACACGUCUGGGGAAUGGACCCCAGCACCCAUACGAGGUUUCUGAUCGGUCCCCGCGGAGAAGGUGACGACCGGGCAUAUGACGUCAUGACCUACAUCGACGGUCAUUGGAGGACGGUUCACGAAAGGGCUGCGGGAGAAAUUCACGGGGCUAUUUGCGCCAUGGAGGCAUCAGUGGAAACUCCCGGAUGUCCCAGCGAUAUGUUCACCUGUGGGUCGGGCGAGUGCAUUCACCGCGUAUUUGUCUGUGAUAACCGCCGUGACUGCACGGACAACGGUGACGAGGCCUCCUGCAGUAACGAUGUUGGAAUCGCUGGCUACACCUGCACCGACACCAGCUUUCGCUGCGGGUCCGGCGAGUGCGUCUCGCUGUCAUUUUACUGUGAUUUCCACCCGCACUGUCAGGACGCGUCCGACGAGGCAAACUGCAGUAUAGUUACGUGCACCGAUUUGGAGUUCCGCUGCAAUAGUGGGCAGUGCAUUAACAAGGAGCUACGCUGCAACUUGGUAACUGACUGUGUGGAUGAAUCGGACGAGCAAAACUGUGAGGCAGUUUCGGGCGGGUUCCAGUGCUACGAUGGGGCGUGGCUUCCAGCCCACACCCACUGUGAUGGAACAAAGGACUGCCCCGGUAACAAUAGAGAGGAUGAACCUAACAGUGCAUGCGUUUUUUUCCAGUGCAAGGAAAACCCCAAUCUGAUUCAGUGCAACAACGGCGCCUGCGCUGACAGACGGCAUAUCUGCCUGUACGACUUCGAUCAGUAUGGGUACCAGACGGGCUGUCGUGACGUCACACACCUACGAUUUUGUGGUGAGUUCGAGUGCAGCAAUAACACAUUCAAGUGUCCGGGAUCGUACUGCAUUCCUCUUCAUCGCCGCUGUGACGUCACUAAGGAUUGCCCUGGCGGCGAGGACGAGAUUGGAUGCGCCAAUCAUACCUGCAAUGGCCACUACCGAUGCCACGAUUCGCGCGUCUGCGUGACCAAGUCGUACGUGUGUGAUGGCAUCAAGCAGUGCCCGGCCGGGGACGAUGAACUUUUCUGUGAGACACAGUGCCCGGAUGGAUGUUCUUGUACCGGUCUCUCGUACGCGUGCACUGGGAUCAGUUGGAGUGAUGAGACGGCUAAGUUGAUACCGCGGAACGUUCGCAAACUGGAGCUAAGAGGAGUAGCUGCAGUCAGCAGACGACGUCGGGAGACCGUACUCAACAACAACGUGACCGUAGAGUACACGUUGUAUCUACCCCUGGACAGGCUCCAACAACUUGCUGAACUCGACCUGUCUGGAAACGGCAUCGAUGUUUUAAAGCCUGGGAUGUUUAAGAAACAGAACAACUUAUAUAAACUGGUUCUCGCGGACAAUAACAUAAGGAAGUUGGAAAAUGGAACAUUUGAAGGACUCCAUCGGCUACAGUUUCUUAAUUUAACCGGAAACCCGCUGGCCGAAAUAGCUUCGGGAGCGUUUCUCGACGUGGUAACACUUCCUAUUUUAGAUCUUGGCUAUCUCCAACUGCGCCAUUUGCAGCCGGGCGUGUUCAAAGGAUUGGAUUCUGUAGAAGCACUGAAUGUGGGCCACAAUCCGUUGGUGGCGGUCGAUCGUGGAGCUUUUGACGGCCUUGAGAAGACCAGUACACUCGAUAUCCGUCAGACUGAAAUUUCAAAGGUGGACCCCUUGAUGUUCCAAGGAUUGGACAGCAUACAAACUGUGUAUGCUGACAAGUACCUCUACUGUUGCCUUCUGAGCGACAUACACAACUGCGAGGCGCCAAUGGACGAGCUCUCCUCCUGCGAGGACCUGAUGCGCAACCCCAUCCUUCGCGUCUUCAUCUGGAUCCUGGGCUUCAGUGCCCUGGUGGGCAACGCCUUCGUCAUCGCCUGGCGGGCCCGCAGCCGGGACCGGGAGCAGUCGCGCAAGAUCCAGACCUUUCUCAUCCUCAACCUGGCGGUGGCCGACCUCCUGAUGGGCGUGUACAUGAUCGUCAUCGCCAGCGCCGACCUGCACUACCGGAGCGACUACAUGAUACACGCCGAUGAGUGGCAGGAGAGUGUCGUGUGCCAAAUGGCCGGCUUCAUCUCUGUCCUCUCCAGCGAGUCAUCGGUCUUCUUACUGGUCCUCAUCACCACUGACCGCUUCCUGGGCGUGGUCUUCCCCUUCAGCCGCUGGCGCCUCCACACCAAGUCGGCCCGCUACGCUGUGGCCGGCCUGUGGCUGCUGGCCUUCUUCCUCAGCCUGCUGCCCGUGGUGUUGCGGCCAGCCUUCGGGGACCGGUUCUACGGGCGGUCCAGCGUGUGCCUGGCCCUGCCCUUCACGAGGACCAAGCUGCCAGGCUGGGAGUACUCGGUCGUCCUGUUCCUGGGCGUCAACCUGCUGGGCUUUCUGGUCAUCUUCUUAUGCUAUUUUUCAAUGUACAUAGCCAUCAAGAGAGCUUCCAAACAGUGCACGAGAAAGCGCGAGAACAUGGAAGAGAUCAAGAUGGCGACCAAGAUGGGCAUCAUCGUGGGCACCGAUUUCUUCUGUUGGAUGCCGAUCAUCAUUAUGGGCUUGCUGUCCUUGUCCGGCACGGCCACCAUCCCUCAGGAGAUGUACGCCUGGGCGGCUGUCUUCAUGCUCCCCGUCAACUCGGCGGCCAACCCCUACCUUUAUACCAUCUCCAGUCUGGACAGAAAGAGAAAGAAGGCAAGAACAUCGACAUCGUCGCCAACGUGGAAGACAGAAUGCACGCGUGACAGUGUCGAUUUUGAGAUGGUGAAAUAUGCCAAAGGAGACAGUAAUUCAAGAGAUAAAGACAACCCCUCUCUCAUGGCCACGGUCUACUCGGAGCAGGUGGAAAACCGCGUGCUGCCCUACAUGGGCAAGCGCAUGCACUCCUUCAUGUUGAGGCAGCACAUCGCCGAGACUAAGACACCCCUCGCCGUGUCGGCAGUGGCCGCCAUCGAGAACGACCUCCGCAGGGCCCUGGAAUUCCUCCACAAGAACGGCCUAGCUCACGGCAAGAUAAACGAGGACUUUGUCGCCAUCGAUAAGGACAAGAAAGACGGGCGUAUUGCCUUCCUCGUCAUGCGAGGGGAGCCGUUGGACGGGGACGAGAACAGCGGGGUAGGGAACUCCGUCUCGGCAGAGGAAGAGGUGCCCUUACUCCGUCGAGACAACCGCCAGCUGGACGAGCUGCUGGCCAGACUCCGGGGCUCUCACUGAUCCAAACCGCAGUGCACACGGGUUCACGGUCUGAGUGAGGAUGAGAUAUCCUCAUUUUGGUUUGCUGUUGAACGAUUGCAUUUAUCAAUACACGCCCAACCAAAAAGUUGUAGUUCGACAUGACAGCAUUUAUAAUUCUUGAAGUAAACCAUGUACUUUUAAAAAGUUAACACUGAUACCUCCUCACAUUAUCAACCUCGGCUGCAUUAUCUCCUUUUCCUGAUGAUGUUGUAGGUACUUUGAGAGAAGAUAUAGCUUUAUACAUGUACCCAGUACUCUAAUCCAGUUACCGUUGAUUUACGUAGAAUCAGCAGCUGGAAGCCAGACCUGAGACUUGUUAUACGAAGUGCUAUUUUCAAGUAAAAUCAAAACUCAUUAUAAAUUUAACGUCAAAUAAAUUUUGUCAAGAACUCACAAGUUAGUUAUAGACAACCAGUAAAUAUAAAGAAAAGACGAGAACGAGAAGCGAGGCCAAGAUGACUUAAACAAGCCACGUCCAGUGGAACUCUGGUCAAAGUGGCCCAAUCGCGAAAAGCCCUGUAAUGGCGUCACGCUUUUUCAUGUGGGCUUGAUGGAUAUCGUGUCCCAUUUCACUGCCAUUGGAAAGCGUAUUAUCUAAAACACAGCUUGGCAUAUUGUGUUACGGUAUACUGAACCAUUGUUUCACCGUAUAUACAAUGUCAAUGCAAAGUACUGUUUCGUAAUAUGAAUUAGAUUUAAUGAAUAACAUACAUGGCGCAAUAUGCAAAUACUAUUCCAAACUUGGCGUGCAAUACAAUGCCUACUUUAAAGAUUAAUUUCUAAACAGCGUUGAUGAAGUCUCUGGUUCUCGUGCAUCCAGGUGCACAAGUUCCAGAACUAUAAGGUAGGUUAGGCUUUAGUUCUAGAACUUGUGCACAGUUGGCAAAGCGAGAGGGUGGCGUGGUUCAUUUUAGGAAAAGAUGGAAGAGAAAGAGAGGGAGUGAGUUGGAGCGGAGGUGGAAGGAUGUAAAUGUAUAAUUUGUGGGAAAGGUCAGGUUAUUUAAAGGGUGUGAAGAGAAGUUUUGGAAAUAUGGAGAGGUAGAAGAGAAACAGGGGGAAAGAGUCAAAGUAAAACAAGAUUUGAAAUAGUGGAGAAAUUAGAAAAGCACGACCCACUCAAUUUUAUGGGAGUUAAGAUUUAAGUUUAAAGCAUGAAUUUUUUUUUAAGGUAGAAAAUCAAGGCUCCCCCAGAAAGACAGAUUAAAAGCGCGAAAAGCGGAAGACAAAAAACGUUCAGUCAUACAGAGAAAUUGUUAAAAAGGGACUAAAACAUACAGAUUCAUCUUUGAUGACCUGGUUCACAUCUAAGCAGAGGACCUAAGGACGUAUUGGUUACAGGAAUUGAGCAUUUUUACGAUGAGGAAAACUUACUGCAGAGGAAAAAGGAUAGAAUGAAGAGGUGUUGAAUGAGAUGACAGUGGCGCACCCAACGGAGUCUUGAGCCCCCCGUCCACCACCCCCGGAAAUUUUCAAUAUUUUUUUGACUUUCUGAAAAGUAAAGAUACAUGUUUACCUACUGUAGCUCUGAAAGAGUCGUACAGCGAGUCCCCUGUGGCGCUAUCGGGGGAGGGGGUACAAAUGUGAGAUGCAUGGAGUGACAACGCCAUGAAAUGUAAAGCCGGCGACACUAUUUUUUCACAGCAUCUUUCAUUUUAACAUCAUUUUGGUAACCGUGUUCACGACAAUUGUUGAUUGUGCCGAGAGUUGAAUGUAGCCGAGUCCGUGUGUAUUGGAGCGUCGAGAGAAAGGUCUACAAGCGUUAAUGCCAACCAAGCAUGCGCUCGGCAACGACUGUGGAUGGAACGAAGUUCCAGGUCAGAUUGCACCAUGACGAAUGAGGGAAGUCGUGGCGAUGCGUCUUUCAGAAACAAGGACACCACCGCCACACAAUGUAGGCUGACGGUUGUUGACAAGCAGCUGAUGAAGCUCACCAAUUAACAUUCGACCGGUAAAAAGUCCUGCUUAUAUAGAAUCAUUUUUCAGGCGCAGGUACAAUUUUUAGGAAAGCAAUGUGGAUUGGUGAUCAGAAUAAAGUCAGCGCAUUUGCCAGAGUUUAGUUCGGCGACUGUUGGUUUAACGACUGCAGUUCCACUUUACAUGUUUUAAAAAGUUUUUUUCAGAAUUAUAUACGGCUCAUGGUGUACAGUAUAAAGUUUAUAAACAUCACACCGAGUUCUUUUGUUAAAGCGCAAAUCGGCUGUAAGCUACGGUUCGAUUAAAAUUAUAAUACAUUUAUUAUUGGUACGAAAAAUAUUUCAUUUGGAAACUGUUGGAGGAGAUAGGCGAAAAUUCCUGUUAUGUGCAAUAAAGAUGGCGGUAUUUAAGGGUAGUGUACUGUGACUAAAGGGUUAGGGAAAAGUUGAAGUAAUGAUCGCGGGCAGAACUUACUCCCCUAAUGAGAAGAGUUGGUUUGUUCAGGAAGAACUACAUGUAGUUUUCUUUUCAGCAAGUGCUUUAAUUGUGAUUUAAAUUCAAAACUUGUGAAUAGGCCUAAAUUGUUUGAAUAUCUCGAUAUGCAUAUCUUGUAACUUGCUAGUUUUGUACGUCGUACUUUGUGGCUUAUAUAAGAAACGAAAUGUGCUUGGCCGGUCUUUAAACGUGUCAGACCGGUCCGGAGAAUGAACGGUGAAAAUGUUCCGAACUCGCGCAGGCAAGGUACUCCAAGCAUAUAACAUUUUCAACCCAUUCAUACUGUUUUGUGUCAUAAAGUGAACAAGAAAUUGAACAACUUUCAUUUCCGACAAGUAUGUUCAAAAAUUUUACUCCACUCGUUUUAAAACACGUCCAGCCAUGUUAUGGUUGUGCCUCUAGCGCGUACAGUGGUCGUAAUUUCCUCCUUUGGAGAUAGGUGCGCGUGGCGAGUACUGCGUGCAGAGGUGCACAGCUAGCUAAUCAGUGUUCUAAGACCUGUCACGUGACAGGCUCUUGACUCAAAGAAAUGGCUAGACCGUCUUUGGUAUUUAUGAAUAUUUAAAUAAUGUUCGUAAUUGUAUAAUAAUCAGAUUCAAAACUAUUUAAUCAGUGUGAAUUCAUAUAACAUGGAUCAUAAUUUUUUGAGUGAUUUGAUAAUUGGGUAAGCCAUAGGCCUAUUUCGUAUAAGAUUCUUCAAUGUUUUCUUAGAUGUGCUGAGAAUGGAAACAUUAAGCCUUCGCAUUGGUAUUUUGAAGAAAAAAAAUUAUCUAUAGGCUGGCGUAAUCCUCAUUCUAAACACAGUGUGUAAUAUAUGUAUCUUACAGCGAUAAUUCAGAUAAGAAAUGCAAUUUAUCUGCUUCAGGGAGCUACCAAAAUAAAGAUAUGAAUUUUCGCCUGACGCUGGGGAAGCCAAUUACAUGCACUCUAUCGUGUGACUUGUUUUAUUUUGAAGAAACCUAAAGGAAGGCUCGUUUUAUAUAGCGUAGAUCUUUUUAUCGACGUAGGUCCGUUUGCAAAUUUAAUUCAUUUGAACUCCAUGAGGUUGUAGGUAGUUUCCAAUUACUGGUGAAAUGAAGGCAUGUCCCUGCCUCUUACAGUUGGCCAUUUGGUGAAAACCACGUGAUUGACAAGAAGUUUGUCACUGCUGCGUUCAAGGCGACGGCACAGCAACUUACUUCGCUAAGCCUCGUUCGGAAGUCAUCUUGCUUUCGCCUCCACGGCUACUUUAUCAUACUGAUUAGACUUUUAUUCACUACAGAAUUUGCUAUUUUUAAACCUCAAUACUAUAAUUCAACUUUUAAUUAGCUGUCGUCUUGUCACGUCUUGCAAAGCUGAAAAUCACCGUGACAUACUUGACAGCCGACUCUGCAAUGUUGAAGUGCCAAACUGUACAGAGAUUUCAUGCAAAUGCAUUACCUUUUAGGCCUGUGUCGAAGGCAUACAGUACUUUACCGUGCUUGUACCAUGAUUGUAAAAAGGCACAUUUUGAAGGAAAAUGACAACGCAGUACUAGCACAAUAAACGAAAACGAGAGUCAAA